AAUUAUAAACGGCAUAAACCCGACUUACAUCACAUCUAGUUGGACGAGUGCUCACAAAAGCAGCGUCUAGUGAUCAAGGGAUUCGACAAAUAGCCAGAAAAGCAAGCUCAGAUAAUGAAAGUACUUGCAGUUUUGCUUGUUGCCUUGGCGUCUUUUGUCGAAGCAGAAAGAAAAUGCAAGUGCAGCUCUGCAAGACAUCCUCARCAGCUCUUCUGCAGAUCAGAUUUUUUUUUCCGUGGCAGGCUAAUAGCUGGGCCGAAAGAUGAAACUUUACCAGAACCAAAGCAGCCUGAAGGCUCUUUCAGAAUUUGGGCGACGGACAGGACAGUCUUAAGCUAUGAGUUCAGAGUCGAAGAAGUCUUAAAAGGAAGAGGAAAGAGUGAUCUUGAUGAUGAACGGACGUUAAAAAAAGGCGAAGGAGAACGUUCUCAUUCAUCUUUGAGUGUAAAGAUUCACACCGAUCCAAAUACCUGUACAGUGAACCUAUCAUCCAAGACUACCUAUGCAAUCGGUGCCUACAUUGACGAAGGGAAAUUGUUCAUAUCAUCAUGCAACUUCGCUCGUCCCUGGCGGUCUUUGAGCAAAUCGCARAARCUAGGUUUCCGAAGGGUUUACAAGAGGAAUUGUCAAUGUCGUUCUUGCAGCUCAUUGGACCCUCAAGGCGAACUGUUGGACAGGCAUUGUAGCCAAAAACAUCUUUUUUGUGGUAAAAAAGGGCURUCUUGUCAAUGGAAGUAUGUCACGAGAAACCAUGUCCCUUAUAAUCGAUGUGUGUUUAUGAGACUUUUUGGUUUUUACUUCAGGGAUUUUGAAGCUUCAAAGURAACAAUAAACACAUCACUAGGAAGUUAAGCGACGCCAUUUUCUAAAGCAAAGCAURACGGGAAAUUUAGUCCUUCACUGAUUUAAGAGUCGAAGAAAUUUUAGCUGUUUCUGCGCGAAUAAAACCCUUAAAAAUUAGAACACAUUAUACAGCACAUUCAUACGUACCAGGAGUACAUAUCCCAWCAUGCUUUGUGAAUUGCAUCGCUUCUCAUAUCAUUAAAAGAAUGCAUGCGUUUGCAAUAGAAUAGAUGUAAGCCCGAAUUAGAAAGCACAGCUUUUCCCUACUACCAUGGAACUUGCCUAGUCGUCUUCACAACAUGGCUACAACUUUCGAAAAGAUUUAAUUGUUUAUUAAUAGCCCUACAACAGUUGUAGAAUUAUGUAUGCGAUAAUUUUAGGUUAGUUGCAUUGUGACGGUUAAUUCGGCGUUAAUGGUGCUGGGGACAUUUUCAGUUUAGGCAAAAAAUCAUCUAGCUGCUUCUGCCGGGUUGUUCAWAUAAGAACUAUUUCAUAAUCAAAUGAUUUCGCUCCAUAUCCAAUAUACAAAAUCAUGCAGUUACAAUUUACAACUGGCAACUUGAAAACUGCUAAAAACAGAAAAACAUUACAAUUGAGGUCCUCAUGAGAUAUAUACGCCCGCAUGCAAUUCACGUACAGCGGCUUUUAGUUAUCAGCAUGCUCCAACGCUGGUAUUAUAAAUAUGGUAUAUGAGUAUUUUGUAUAGAGAGCCUUCAAAGAUCGACUACAGUACAAUCGAAUACACAGGAGUUCGCGGUUAUCCGCAGGUAAUACCUUCAUCACAUGAAGAACAAAAUAAGAUCACUCAUGUUCUUUCUUCUUUCCUCAGUGAUUUUUGUGCAAAAAUUCUGAUCGACAACAUUUAUCAUUGUCAGGUGCAUCAUGGGUAAUUUCAUGUGAUUUUAGGUCUGAAGAUUUUAUCGCAAAUAAGAAUGCAAAUCAAUCAUGCCUUUUAAAACUAUGCAUAUUUAGGAUUAUUCAGAGAUAUUAUGUAGUUUUUAAACUACAUAAAAUGACAAAUUUAAAGCUUUUAAUUUUGAAAUAUCAGCUACUCUAUACAGCUGAUAUCUCAGAAAAAGUUGUCCACCUAAUACUUACCAUGCGACUUAUAAAAAUAUCCAGUUUCUGUUCGUGUAGAAUGGUCUAGAAUGUCAGGUAUGUUUUUUGUGGAGGAAUUAAAAAACAUUUUUAAAAUAUUAUAUGGACAUUAGACCGAAUUUUCCACGUGCAGAAACAGACACGUGUCAAUUGGAACAUUGGAAACUUACUUUUUCUGCGGACAAACUUUUCAUGAUCGGCUGUAUAUUGAUAUACUUACAUAUGUUAGCGGUCAGAAUUUCUUCAAAUGGCUGGUAUACAGUGUAUACCCUUACAUCGAAAAUAUUUCCGUCAUGUGGUUUGAUAGACAUCUCAAAGAAGAACCCUUGGAGCUGCAUGCUAGUCAGUUAAUUAACUUUAAAGAUCCCAUUAAGUUAAACCUUUGACGAAUCUUAUGCUUAAAUAUAAAUGUUUAUUGUUAGUUUAGCUUUUAUCGUCUAAAAUCUUGAUUACAGGCAGUCAUUCUAGUGAUAAAUUCCUGAGAAAAUCAUUGAUAACUAUCGACAAAGAACAGAUAAAAACGAUCUCGGGGUCUUGGCCUAUCAGCCAACACUUUCAUAUAGCAGUUUAAGCGUUUUAUAUUAAAACAAAAAUCAUUCAAAUACGUGCCCCAUGUGGGUCAUUUUCCACAGAUAACACUUACAAAUAUCUGCAAUACUCUUGAAAAACGAUAAGGUGCCCUCGCAGUCUGUGUAUACUACAUUUUUGUAUUGUAACCUAUAAAGCUAACGCAACAAUAUUCGUAGACUGCGCGUGGAGUAAAUACCUAUGUAAUUGAUAGCAAUGGAUAUCCCUAAAUAGAUAGAACCAUUAGAGGGAYUACUGUUGCUUGGGCCAGUUAUUAAAUUGAAAUUAUCACU